AUGGAGUCGUCGUUUGAUGAGGAAGAAAAGCGCUUCCUCUUAGGGGAAAUCAUCAAAGUUAGCGUCAAUGUGGACGACAUGAUAGAGUUUAUCAAGCAGCAUAACAUCCAUCAACCAGACUGGCACUCGAUUCAGAUUCCUCGAGGGAGGACCGUGAAUCAAUGCAUUCAGGCUUAUAACUCCAUGGUGAGCAGGCCGUCCUUUCAAAAACCGAUCUUGUCACCGCGGAAACGGAACUCGGUCGAUGACUCGGAGGAUCAUUAUGCAAAGAGGCGGGCAGUUGGCCCUGCCGAGGAAAGACCGCUCUUUUCGCCCAUGCGACCAUAUGGCCAUCAACCAUUUCCCGCCCCAAUAGUCCAGCCUGUGAACAUCCAGCCACGGCCCAACGGUCUCCCCUCGCCAGGGGUCCCUGCCUCGACCUCAACGUUGAGCGCGGCACCCACCGGUCGCAAACGGGGUCGUCCCAAGAAAGAUGAGAGUCGAGCCCGUCAAAACAUGCCACAACCCAAUCAGCCGAUUGCGCCGGCACCUAUUGCUCCGUCGCCGAGGACUGUUGUUGCUACGUCUCAGCCACUCAGUCCCCUCAGCGCUGGUUAUCAUGGUUACAACUCAUCGUACCGGUACUCACCGGUCGCGAGUCCCUACGAUCCGGUGGCGGCAAGCAAGAGUGGGCAGCAUUCGUUGCUCCAUCCCGAGAGUGUACCCCGAACUCUCCAUAUGACGUCCUCCUCAUCGGAGAUGGGUCACCGGCUGGUAGGUGAUCACAGUUCGAGCUGGCCGGGUACUGUACCAGGUAGGGAGCACCAACAGCAGCAACAACAGCAGCAGCAGCAGCAACCGCAGCAGCAACCGCAAACUCCCACGUCUCUUCCCACGCCAAUGGAGCCUCCCGUAUCAUCGCAUCACUCCACGUACCCUACUAAUCGAAGCCCUCGUUUAUUGUCAUCGGGAUUCGGGGGAGGGGGCGCAUCACAACAAGGUCAAAUUACCUCUAGAGACACGGCACUCACGGCGUCCGAGCAGGGAAGAUCGUCUGUUCAAGCGACAUCGGUCUGA